GCGUAGAACUGUUGAUCCCCAAUCCAAAAACUAAUAUUAAUAAAACACUGUUUCAUUUUUGUUUUUUUACGUAUUACUGGCUGCGUAAUUUUUCGUGAUCUCUCUUACCUCAUAAACGUGUUGGACUUCGCGUCGGGAUGUUGUAUUUUUUGUGGUUCCUGCUGUGUUUUUGUGGAUGCCGAUGUGCUCCAAAUAUCGUCCUUAUCAUUGCUGAUGACUUGGGCUGGAACGAUGUAGGCUUUCACGGAUCAAAUCAAAUUCCGACUCCCAACAUCGACGCAUUAUUUAGUUCCGGUCUGUCACUCCAUAAUUAUUAUGUUGCACCAAUAUGCACGCCAUCCCGAGCGGCGCUUAUGACUGGAAAAUAUCCUAUUCAUACCGGUAUGCAGCAUGGAGUGUUGUAUGGUAUCGAACCUCGUGGUCUACCCCUCAAUGAGAAGCUCUUGCCCCAAUACUUGAAGGAAUUGGGAUACAGAAACCAUUUGGUUGGCAAAUGGCAUCUCGGGAGUUACAAGAAGGCUUAUUUACCGCUGAGUAGAGGAUUCGAUACACAUUUAGGAUUCUGGACAGGAAAGAUAGAUAUGUAUGACCAUACGACUCAGGAAGCUGGCCAAUGGGGCUUCGAUUUCCGACGAGGUUACUCGGUGGCUCACGAUUUGUUCGGUAAAUAUGUAACCGAUGUGUAUACAGACGAGGCUGUCAGGAUAAUAUCUGAGCACAACAAGAGUGAGCCUCUAUUCCUUAUGGUUGGUCAUUCGGCAGUUCAUACAGGCAACCCGUAUGAACCUAUCCGAGCACCUGAAGACCUGAUCUCCAACUUUACAUGGAUAACUAAUCCUCAGAGGAAAAAGUUUGCAGCGAUGCUGACAAAAAUGGACGAAUCAGUUGGUAAAGUGGUCCAGUCCUUACACACUCACGGCCUGUUGCAGAACAGCAUAAUCCUAUUCAGCACAGACAAUGGGGGCGCCGCUGCUGGCUUCAACUUGAAUGCUGCAUCAAAUUAUCCUCUUAAGGGUGUAAAAAACACUCUGUGGGAGGGCGGAGUCCGUGGGGCGGCGGCCCUCUGGAGCCCUUUGCUCGAGAAGGUACCCCGUGUCGCCUCACAGAAGAUGUACAUCGCAGACUGGAUGCCCACACUGCUUAGUGCUGCGGGGGCCAAUAUGAGUUUAUCUGGCAUCGACGGUAUAGACCAAUGGAAGGCAUUAUCGUCCGAUCUCAAAUCCGAGCGAACCACAGUUCUACAUAACAUUGACGAUGAAUUUGGCAGCGCUUCUAUCACAGUCGACCAGUGGAAAUUACAUAAAGGCACAAAUUACAACGGUGCCUGGGACUACUGGUAUGGGCCUACAGGCCGUGAAGGUGUCUACGAUGUUAAGGAGGUAUUAAACAGCCUCGCGGGGAAGGCUUUCACGCAAUUAGGAAUGAUGCCAACCGAAAAAAUUAUUUUGGAACUAAGAAAUGCUUCAACGGUGACGUGUAAGAACCUAGAUCCAAUACUCUGUGAUCCUUUGAAGGCGCCUUGUCUCUUCAAUAUAGAAGAAGAUGCCUGUGAAGUGAGGAAUCUUGCCAACGAAGAACCGGAGAUCUUGCAACAACUAUUAGACGAGUUGGAAAAACUAAAUCAAACCGCUGUCCCACCGAACAAUCAACCAUUGGACCAACGGGGCGAUCCUAAGUACUGGGGUCGGACCUACACUCACUUCGGGGACUUUCAAAGUCCACAUUUCGUUUGUUGAUAUUGUAUAGGAAUAACUUUUAAGAAAUAGAAUCCGAUUUACAUAUGAAUCCAUUCCAAUACAAUUGAAAGAUUUAUUUGCUUUCAGUAUUGUUAUACUAUAUGUAAUAUGAACUUUGUAGUUUAAUUUACUUUAACCCUUUUUUUGAUAUUUUCGUUUAGUAUGUGGUGUCUAUAUACCUACAUUUGUUCUGCCUUUUAAUCAUUUAUAAUGGAGUAGAGCAUACGAAAAAUAUUGUCUUUCGAGCGAAACUGACUUUCAAUAUUUUUUGUUACAAAUAGUCUUUAAGGAAACUUCUGUACCUAACCAAAUACCAAAUUCAUUCGUUUCCGUUAUUUUUGGCGUAAAUAAAAACCGUUACUUCUAACUUGUUAAUAUAAAAUAUCAGUGGACAAGUACAAUGUAUUUUUAAAUAGAUUAAUGUUGAUCUAGUCUUAAAAUAAGGUUAGUGAUUAUUUUUAACACUUAGAACCCCUUCUUAAGCCUUAAAUAGCUCUUAUCGCACUAGUGGUAACUUAUUAUUAUU